AUAUUUUUCCGGAUGUGACCUCAGAACCACGUGAAUCAAGAAAAUUGCAGCAAAACAUUAGUUGUCAUUAGCAAUUCAGCUAGAAAAGAUAAUACGGGUUCAGUUCAGUUUUAGGGCGACAUGGAGAAAUAAGACAAAAUAUAUAAACCAAGUGUCGAGUGAUGUUCAGACUGCAACCCUAAACAUGCACAGUCGUCUACAGGAACUGAAGAAGGAAGAGGAGACUCUGCUCAAGAUCAAAGUCAUGUUGCAGGACCAGCUAAAUCGGCUAAAGUUUGAAGAAGGAGCCCUGAAAUCGAUCAUUAAUGGAAAGCUAGACGAUGGAACUGCGUCCCCCAUAUCCCUGGAACCUGAGGUUCAGGUCAACCCUGAUGAUGCAAGCGAGAUCAAUCAAACCAAACUCCUCCUGAGUGCUCCUAUGGAUUACGAUGAGGAGGAGGAGGAUGAAGACGAUGAGGAUGAUGAUGACGACGAUGAAGAAGAUGGUGAUGAGGACAAUGAUCUAGAAUUCGCCCCUGAGGAGGAUUACGAAGAAUAGGAAGAAGAUGAAUAAUAUGCUAAACUGUCGGUCAGUAUUCUAGUGGUGUUUAUGCCAUUGAAAGACGUAGGGCAAAGUUUUGGUCUGUUGACCUGUUUUGUAUCUCACAUGAGUCAUAAUAUUUAUUUCAGUGGUAAGGAUGAACAUUUAGUGACAUUUUGGUAUUGAGUGGAGUAUGUAGAUGAUGCAUUUGACCUUUAACAUGUGUUAUGCUUUGGUAAAUUGUCUCUUUGUUGCAAUAUACCUGGUUAGUUUUCUGUUUCUGUUGUAUAUGUGUGGGCAGAGGGCACCAGUGAAAAGAACUGUGGAUGUGGGUUACUUUGAGCAUGAGAGCAUAUGGCUGGGCCAUAUAAGAAUGCAGACAAUCUGCGUUAUGUAAUUAGAGAAAUAAUAAGCACAAAAUAAAAUGUUUUGACUGAA